AUUCCCUUCUGCCUUUCUCGGCGACGAUAAAAGGCUUUGCUCUGGCAAUAGGAAUUUAGAAAAAAAAAAAAAAAAAGAAAAAGAAAACGCUGCGCUAAACUCCACCGUGACCUCAAACUCUUUGGACUGUUUGGAAAAAAAAAAAGAAAAGAAAAAUUGGAAGAACAUCCAUCCUCCAAGAGAAUCGGCAUAAGAGGAGAUGGAAGUUUUCCCCUUGCUCUUGGUUUUGUCCAUCUGGUGGUCUCGAACCUGGGACUCGGCGAAUGCGGAUUCGAUCAUUCACAUCGGAGCAAUUUUUGAUGAAUCUGCCAAAAAGGAUGAUGAGGUGUUUCGCACAGCAGUUGGUGACCUUAACCAGAAUGAGGAGAUCUUACAGACUGAGAAAAUCACAUUUUCAGUGACGUUUGUUGAUGGCAACAACCCUUUUCAAGCAGUUCAAGAAGCCUGUGAACUUAUGAAUCAAGGCAUCUUGGCCCUGGUCAGCUCCAUUGGCUGCACGUCAGCAGGAUCCCUCCAGUCUUUGGCAGACGCCAUGCAUAUCCCCCACCUCUUCAUUCAGCGCUCAACAGCUGGGACCCCAAGGAGUGGCUGUGGACUCACCCGGAGCAACAGGAAUGAUGACUACACUCUCUCAGUUCGCCCACCUGUCUACCUGAAUGACGUUAUCCUAAGAGUGGUCACAGAGUAUGCCUGGCAGAAAUUCAUUAUAUUCUAUGACAGUGAAUAUGAUAUCCGUGGAAUACAAGAGUUCUUGGACAAAGUGUCUCAGCAGGGAAUGGAUGUUGCACUUCAGAAGGUAGAAAACAACAUCAAUAAAAUGAUCACCACUCUCUUUGACACCAUGAGAAUAGAAGAACUGAAUCGCUAUCGAGACACUCUUAGGCGAGCGAUCCUUGUUAUGAAUCCUGCCACAGCCAAAUCCUUCAUUACUGAGGUUGUGGAGACGAAUUUGGUUGCUUUUGACUGUCACUGGAUCAUUAUAAAUGAGGAAAUAAACGAUGUGGAUGUACAGGAACUUGUAAGAAGGUCAAUUGGAAGGUUAACGAUUAUUCGGCAGACAUUUCCAGUUCCCCAGAAUAUAAGUCAGCGGUGUUUCCGUGGCAACCAUCGAAUAUCUUCAACAUUGUGUGAUCCAAAGGAUCCAUUUGCUCAGAAUAUGGAGAUUUCCAACCUUUACAUAUAUGACACGGUGCUUCUGCUUGCUAAUGCCUUUCAUAAGAAGCUGGAAGACCGAAAGUGGCACAGCAUGGCAAGUCUGUCAUGUAUCAGAAAGAACUCAAAGCCAUGGCAGGGUGGGCGCUCCAUGUUGGAGACCAUCAAGAAGGGUGGAGUUAGUGGGUUGACUGGAGAGCUAGAAUUUGGAGAAAAUGGAGGCAAUCCCAAUGUCCAUUUUGAAAUCCUUGGAACCAACUAUGGAGAAGAGCUUGGCAGAGGUGUUCGCAAACUUGGGUGCUGGAAUCCUGUCACAGGUCUGAAUGGGUCACUGACUGACAAGAAAUUGGAGAAUAACAUGCGUGGUGUGGUUCUACGUGUGGUAACUGUUCUGGAAGAACCUUUUGUGAUGGUCUCUGAAAAUGUCUUGGGUAAGCCGAAGAAAUACCAGGGCUUCUCCAUUGAUGUUUUGGAUGCCUUAUCUAACUACCUGGGUUUUAACUAUGAAAUUUAUGUAGCACCGGAUCACAAAUAUGGAAGCCCACAAGAAGAUGGGACAUGGAAUGGCUUGGUAGGAGAGCUUGUCUUUAAGAGAGCCGACAUAGGGAUUUCUGCUUUAACCAUCACUCCUGACCGUGAGAAUGUGGUGGACUUUACAACACGUUACAUGGACUACUCAGUGGGGGUACUACUUCGAAGGGCUGAAAAGACAGUGGAUAUGUUUGCCUGUCUUGCACCAUUUGAUCUCUCUCUAUGGGCUUGCAUUGCUGGCACAGUCCUUCUGGUGGGUCUACUGGUCUACCUCUUGAACUGGCUUAAUCCCCCACGGUUACAAAUGGGAUCAAUGACGUCUACCACUCUCUACAACUCCAUGUGGUUUGUGUAUGGAUCUUUUGUACAACAAGGUGGAGAGGUCCCGUACACAACUCUGGCUACCCGAAUGAUGAUGGGGGCUUGGUGGCUAUUUGCUUUGAUUGUUAUCUCAUCUUAUACAGCAAACCUCGCUGCUUUCCUCACUAUCACACGCAUUGAAAGUUCCAUCCAGUCUCUCCAGGACCUUUCCAAGCAAACAGAAAUCCCUUAUGGCACAGUCCUAGACUCUGCAGUAUAUGAGCAUGUCCGCAUGAAAGGACUGAAUCCUUUUGAGAGGGAUAGCAUGUAUUCCCAAAUGUGGCGGAUGAUCAACCGAAGCAACGGGUCGGAGAACAAUGUUCUGGAGUCCCAAGCAGGCAUUCAAAAGGUAAAAUAUGGAAAUUAUGCUUUUGUAUGGGAUGCAGCUGUAUUGGAAUAUGUGGCUAUCAAUGACCCAGAUUGUUCCUUUUACACCAUUGGAAAUACUGUUGCUGAUCGGGGAUAUGGAAUUGCAUUACAACAUGGCAGUCCUUACCGAGAUGUUUUUUCACAAAGGAUCCUGGAGCUUCAGCAGAAUGGUGACAUGGACAUCCUGAAGCACAAAUGGUGGCCUAAGAAUGGCCAGUGUGACCUGUACUCCUCAGUGGACACAAAGCAGAAAGGAGGCGCCCUGGACAUAAAGAGCUUUGCAGGCGUCUUUUGUAUCCUGGCUGCUGGAAUUGUCCUCUCCUGCUUCAUAGCCAUGCUGGAGACGUGGUGGAACAAGAGGAAAGGCUCCCGGGUUCCAUCAAAAGAGGCUUCAUCCCUGCAGAAUGAAACUACAAUAUCUGAAAGAAGGAAUGUUUGGCCAUUAAGGCCAUGUUUGAAACUUGGCAGCAAUAUCUGGAGAAGCCAGGCAUCCAGUCAUGGCCUGCACCAGUCAUCACAAAUGGGAGGACCCCUGGAUGACCCAUAACCUCUACCAGCACAAGAGCUGCUGAUCUGUUUCCCACCUUAUUGAUUUCAGGACCCAUUAGAUCCUGUACUCAAAACUGGUGAGCUAAAGUAUUAUCUCCUAAAUUAAAAACACCUAUCCAGUUCAAGGAAGCUGACCUCACCAGGUUGUGACACACAGAAAUCCUUGCUGUAAUCCACUCAUAGAAGAGUAACAACAGGACUGCUGCUUUCAGCCACAGGUCAUGGGUCUUGCCUGCACCGGCCUGUUAGCCUUAGAAGGAUGCUUCUAUGCAGUGGACUUCUUGCCUAGGUGUCCUGGUCAAGAGCACUCACAUUGAGGUCCAAGUCUGUACCACAGUAGCUUUGUCCUCAGCUUCUAUCUGUGCACGAUUUUAAACUCUGGGUCUUAGGACUUCUCAUGGCCAAAGAUCCAGGGAGACAUGAAGGACCAAGGAGAAUGUGCCUUGGCAGAACUUAACCAGAGAAAGACAGAGGGCUCUUCCAACUCUUAUCAAAUCACUGGUAAUUGUGGUUAAACAUCUUUAGAGGUUUUUAUCACAGAAUUCUCUCCAUAUUUCUAAAACAACAUUAUUUUCAUACUUACCAAAAUGCGCUACUUUCCUCCACACCAAGGGACAUUACCUUUAUCCCCAGUGGCCAUCAAACGUCUACAUUUUGCAUGGAUUCCUGGCUAAUGUAGGGCCUCCAGUUCGAAUCCACACUUAGUACAUGUGUCAUUGUAAACAAAGAUCACUUGCAUCUUAGGAUUACACCUUGGAAUUGCAGUGCCUGUAUAUACUACCCACGACUAAGGUAACUUUGUUUUCCUUAUACCCACUUCCACAUUGAUUUAUAAUACCUCUUCAAUGCAAAACGUAUUUUACAAGUAAAAUAGGGAAGCAUCAUAUGAAACAUCCCAGCCCCUCAUGAACUCAAUCAAUUUUUAUUGAGGACCACUAUGUACCAAGCACUGUAUUACAUUUUGGGAACACAAUGAUGAAUGAGUGAGAAUCCUUUUCUUAAGAAGUUUGCAUUCCAGUGGGGAAUCCAGAUGAUGAAACAGCAUGAAGAGUGCUAGAACAGGCUCAUGAUGGCCAUAAGAAUUCCCUCAUCUCUGUUCCUUAAUCACCCAGGGAACUCCCAGUUGCCCAGGCUGAUGCACAGGUGAUCUAUUAUGCCAAAGCAACCUAAAAGAUGAAAGCCAACAAGCAGCAGUCCAGGGGGAGCCCCUCCAAGUAGUGGUCCCAUGGGUUCUUGUUACUAAUGUAUUAUUUCUAAAUCAUCUGACUUUUAAACAAGUUGGGUGUUCACUUACUGAGCGCCUUCCUCAUUAUGUCAUCAAACUGAUAACCCUCAAGUUGUAGCUGCUCACAGGUGAAAAUCAGGCUGUGAAGUCAGAAGACAUGGCUUCAAGUUUGGGUCCUGGUGCUUACCAUGACUGUGGGCAAAUCACCUAAACUUUCUGGUCUUUGGUGUCAUUCUUUGCAAAACAAAAGUAAAAACAUUAUAUACUGUACCUACCUCACAGGGUUGUUGUGAGAAUCAAGUGAAAUGUAUGUGAAAGCACUUUGUAAGCUUUGUUAUUUUUAAUCACCCCACUUCCAUGGGUUCUUCAUCCUCCCUACCAAAUACAAUACUAUAAUUCACCUGAAGGAUGUACUCUUACCCACUCUGUUCCUACCUCCCACCCCUACACAAGUGAAUGGUACAAAGAAGAUGAAGUACAUGCCUUCCUGGAUAUCUAGUUUCAGAUGGGAAUUCUGAUACCUCACAGAAUGACAAGGAAGUAGUCCGGAGGACCAAAACUGGGGUUCUACUGCCAUAGAGACAUUUCACCAUUAACAUACCACUGGACCUGGAUACCAGGCAGCCCUCUUGAUGGACGAUUGCCCCCAGAGAACCCUUUCUUGGCCCCAGAGAACUAACCAGACUGCAGUGGUUCAGGGAAUCAUCUGGGUUCUUUCUGGCUGCCAGGAGAGUCACCAGCCAUUCCAGGAAAGAGCAUGCUUCCGAAAAUAAAGCAAGAAGAUUGGUUAAAGGAGACACUGACCCCAUUAAGCAAAAUACAAACCAUCCCUGACUGCCUGACCUGUGAUAAACGGGCUGCCAAGGGAGAUUCCUAAACACUCAUUUAAAGCAAGGAUUCGGUGACACAUUUCUUCAUUUAGCAGUUUAUCCCUGACGCCAACCUGACUCUUGCUUCUCUGAUUUUUGAUUUGUCGACUCCCUGUCUGCUUAACAGACCUAUGAUAAGAUGUGUUUCUGGCUUUAAAAUCCCAUAUGCUCCCCUUACAUACACACAAACACAUAAACAUCCACACAAUGAGGAAUGCCACCAUUUUUCCGCUCUUACCCACUUGACCAAGCUUAGCCUGGCCUUCUGUUUCUGAUUAUUUCAUAUGCAUUCUGAUUGGCUGAUCCAAUUUGAGUUCAGUUUCACUGGACCAGUUCUAAUGUACCCCAGGCUGAAACCCUGACUCUCUUUCAGUCCUGUGUAGAAGCUUAGAGUGCCCAUGGAGUCACGAUACCAAUAUCCAGCAAUCCUUUAAACAAAGGGAGGUCUUUCAACUUAGAAUACAUAUACUUGCCCAAAACUAAGGCCAUAUUGGCAUGUAUAUCCAGGAAUAACAUAAAGUUUCUACAAAAGUUCUGAGUGAAUAGAAUGGUGACUAUGUACAAAAGAUCUGAUAGAAUUGGCAUCCGAGAAGCUUUGUGAUAAGGCCUUAUGCCUAAAAUAGAAAAUUUCAACUACAAUUCAUUCCUUAGCUUCCUAGAGCAAGGAAGACAGAUUAUAGGGAAAAAUCGAUUCAUUGUUUAUAUCAGUUUCCAAAAUAUUUUCAAAUGGAAUGGAAAAUAAUUCACAGUUUCCUUCUUGCUAUAAGUCAGAAUGGCUGACCUGACGCACCAGUUCAGUGAACUGAGAAAUUCUGAGACUUUUUCCUAUGGCUAUAAUAUUAAAAGUUAAUUUUAAUACCUAAAAAAGAUUAACAAUUAAAAACAGUGUCUUAUGUUAUAGUUUACAACCACUGCUUGCUGUGGGAAGGGAGCCAGAGAGACUCAGAGUACCCGCCACCCAAGGUCAAAGGCACUGAGCCAAAGGAUCCAGCAAAGAGCAGGCCCAAGCCAGGAAGAAAAGCUGUUGCUGAAAUGACAGACCAAGCAUAUGAAACUAGAUGAUCUCCAGGUCAUGGUAGCUGAGAAAGGAGAAUAGACAGAUCCAAGCUGGGAACCAAAUUAAGAUGUUGGAACAGGUACCAGAGUGAAUAAGACUGGGCAGGGGAUGGAGUCACCUACAGCCACCUGUUUGUCGUACAGUAGUCUUUCUUGUAGGUUGCAAUACUACAUCCUAGUUUCUUUUUCACAAGUAAAAUCCUUGGUAUUACCGAUGUAGCUUACAUAGCCAGCCCCAAGUAGAAAACUCUUCCUUUCCCACAGACAUACUUUUUACUAUCUUGGUUGAUAUAAUUUUCUUUCUCAGAGAUUUUUAAUUUUUUUCAUGAAUCUUUGAUAGAUUAUUUUAUCAAUAAAAAUUUUGUCAAUAAAUACUUUUCCUGAUUGAACUCCAAUUCCUUCUUUGGUGAUUAAAGUUGGUAAUAAAAAUAAAUUACUUUAAUUAAUAGUUUGUCUGUACUUGCUUUCCCAAGGCUAUAUGAGAGGGAGAUGAUGUUCUAACAUAGAUAACAUAUGAGUAAGCGCAAAACAAUUAUAGUAAAACACCAGCCCGGGGUAGCCAAGAUGACGUUUGAUAAUGACACACAGUGAACAUUUCAAGUUCGCUCCAAUCUACAAAUUGUACCUCUCUUUCAAAAGUCAUAGGGGAUCAACUCUCCCACUGCCGCAUCAGAAUGCAGACUGCCCAGUGAGAGAUAGACACUCAGGAUGGAAAGGAAUAAUGCAGGCAGCAUUUUGCAGAAAGAAGUGUUUGAAUGCAGAGACCAGCCACUCCCCAUAGCUGGGGAGAGUGCCAGGCUUUUCAGAGAACUCACAUUAGAAGUUUCAGCAGUGGAUGGAACUGGGCCAAUAGACACAAUGGUGGGGAGAGUGGGGAAGUUUCUGUAAUUAAAGUCUGAACUCUGCACACUUUCAAACAGACUAAGAGCUCUCUACUAUUGGCAACAAGGACUUUUUUUUAAGUGAUUGUUCUAACUGAACCUGGUAAGGCAUGAAUCACUGUGGAAAACAAAGGAAGUCAGUGGAGUACAGACUUUGGGUUAAGAAUGAAGAAAAUAAUCUGAAUGGCACCAGGGGAGACAGUUCCAUAAGCUCUAUAGCAGGAGAGACUGGAAGUUACUAACAGAGGAAUACUGCUGUGUGUCUUUUCCAGUAUGCCAUAUAUAUAGUUAGACUUAAAAUGACCGCUUGGUAAAUUACAACUGGUUUUUAAUCUUUUGUGUGGACUCGGUUCUUGUCUAUUGAAUUCUUUCAUGGUCUUUAUAAAACCCAGAAUUCAUAGAGAACUCUUCAAUGUUAACAGAGUAUCUGUUGAUAUGUGAAUCAGAUAGAUGCUAACUGAUAAUUACAAUCAAUAUUCCAGAAUGGUCAAGCAAUUCUUCACUUAAUAAAAUUUAUUUUGAACUGAAUAUAUACAAUUUAUACCAGCAAGAUAAAAUAUCAUCUGUUACAGCAACACCAACUCUAAACAUAAUCCCAAAUCCCCGAUCUUUCACUCCCCACAAACAAAAUUAAAUUUUAUCUGUAUGCUGAAAAUCAACACAGAAUUUUUUUUAAUGGGUCAAACUUUGGUAGUAAGUAAACUAUUAUUUGAAGCAACUAGUAAGAAAAGGCUAAACUGCUUGAAAGCAUUCUUUCUUUCAACUUGUAUUGAAUGCCAACCAGUCUCAGACACUGAAUUAAGCAAUGGACAUAACAUAGUAAGCAAAAUCAUAGAGUUCACAUUGUGGGCUCAGACAAAGACAUUGAAUAAUCAUACCAAUGAAUGUGUACUUACCAACUGAGAAAAAUUCCUGAGUAAAGGACUAAGCUACAAGGAGUGUGUAUGACAAAGAAACCCAACCAAGUUUAGCAGACUUGCUGGAAGAAGUAAAGCUUGAGCUAAAGUAAGACCAGCGAGCAGAAGUUGAGAAAAUAGAAGUGGGGAGUAUACCGAGGGGCCCACAACACUCAUCUGAGACCUGAAAUGCUAAAUAAGACCUGAAAGCAGGCUCAAGUGAUUACAGCCCUGAAAGCAAAAGUUAGAAUGGUAAGAGGUGAAAUAUAUAGGUGGGUAGCAACCAAGCUAUGCUGUCUUAGAGACCACACUAAGAAACUUCGUCUUCAACCUAACAGAAUUGGAAGCGUCUCAGCUUUUAACAAGAGUUAAGUCUGAAAUUUGUUUGCCUGGUUGUGUUCUGUUGUACACAUAUAGAGUGCUUAAUAUACAUGUACUUAAUACAUUCUGGAUUUCUUUUCCACAAUAUAUUCCAGAGAACAGAUACGAUAUUUUCCUAGGUUGAUUAUCAGAAUUAUGACUUAGAAACUUCCACCCAAAGAGGCAUUCUGUGAUGCGCAUUCAAGUGAUGCCAAGAAUAUAGCUACUGUAGCCUUAUCAUGGCCAUAGUGUGUAUGGAUUCUGUCUUCAAAACAAGGAUUCUGUCUUCAAAACAGAUUUUUUAAAAAAUUGUCUCAAUUGCGGCAAUACAUAUGAAAAUAUUUUGGAAGUUCUGAUGAGAGUAAAUGAAGGAAUCAUUACUACUUACUACUCUAUAAAGGACCAGCGCUCAAUUUAGAAUGGAGAUACAUAACAAAGGAACCUUAGAAAAACAGAGAUGUCCCAAUUUGCAUGCACAGCAGUAGUAACAGUAGGUUGCAGUCUGUCCUCCAUCAACCCUUCCCUCACCCCUGCCUUCAGAGAUACCUGGUGCCUCCAACAGCUGAGUAUCUUCAGGGAGCUAGGGCAGGAACUGAUCUUUUUCUCUUUGGCUUUCCCUACAGACUAAGGUAUAGGCUUUCUCAGCUCUGCUAAGUCAAUUAUCACUUGUCCAUCUGGUUCCAGACUGUAAAAAUUUGUUGAUAUCUUUGAUUUGUUACUGUCUCUUCAGCCAUUCCCUUUGUAUUCUGCAUUUAUGCCUUUUGUGUCCUUUUUAACGGUGUUUGAGAAGGGUAUCUAUGUGUUCAAUCUAAAAUGAUUAACUGAAACGUUCUUAUUGUUCUAAUUUGCAUUUCCUGGUUGAAUACUUUUUUCAUCUUUAUGAACCAUGUUUACUGUUCCUUCACGAAUUACGUGCUCUUAUCUUUUGGCUGUUUUUCUAUCAGGAACUAUUCAUUUUCUUAUCAAACUUAAUAGUUCCAUUUAUAUGAUGUAUAUUAACUCACUGUGUGUCAGAUUAAUUGCAAAUAUUUUUCCAGUUUGUCAUCUACCUUUAAUUUUUGUGAUUUUUAUGCAUGAAAAAUAUUAUUUUGUUAUAAUUUACUAUAGUUUGUAGUUUUUUAUUAUUAAAAGUAUUAUUAAU